UGUACGUGUUAAACAAAAGCUUAUUACGCCGCAAACCGCAACCGCGCAUUUAGAAGAGCUUAUAACCUACUGAAAAUGUCUGAUGAACAACCCAAUCUCGUGGCUGGACACCCACCUGCUUUGAAGGCAGGCGGCAUGCGUAUUGUCCAGCACAAGCCCACUGCAUCGGAGCGUGCCCCCAAGGAUGCCGAGGAUUGCACUGGUCUGACACAACCCGUUAGCGUGAACUCGGCUGUGGUGAGCGGUGCUCCCGUGAAGGGACACACGGACUUUACGCCAGCUUCUGCCCAGGUGGCACACUUGCCUAAGCCCCCAAUGUCUGUUCAGCAGAAGACUCAGAAUCACAUUCAACAGCCCCGCAAGUGAGGUCUUCCCUAUUCUACUAAAUAAUUACUUUGAUCUUUCGUUGAAAUUCUUCAAAUCCAAAUGGUAUUGAAAUCGUCUUUGUAAGUGAUUUAAGUUAACACAAUCCUUAUAUUUUUGCUACUGCAUUCCAAAUAAAUUUCAAUGUUUUGC